CUGGGGGGAGGAUUUAGGGAGGGGGACGGCUCUUGUUCGGAGCGGUGCCUUUGAGUCGGAGCCAGAGGGUGAAGCGCAGGGCUGCUUAAAAGGAGCGAGGUGUUUGCUGGGCUGCGUGGCUUCUUUGGUCUCCCCAACAACAACAACCCCGCGAGGCAGCGAUGGGUCGUUACAUGAGAUAUCGCCCGAUUGCAGCCAAGGCCAAGAAAAUCCGCGAAUACUGGGCUUUAAAAAACCAACCUCGUGACUCCCAGCGUUAUGCGGUGGAUUACGAGAAGAUGACCCGAGCUUUCACAGGAAAGCGCCUCCCUGUGCUGGCCUGGGAGGAUGUGAAGAAUGAGAACCGGCUUUUCAUGCUGCUGUCCCGAUUGCACCUCUUUGGCAUUGGCAGGAUGGUCACACGCAAAUCUUGGAUAUGGGAAUAUGAUGAGCCUUGUUAUUGGGUCAUUACUAAAGUAAAGGUGGAUUAUACCGCCGAGAAAAUGGAACAUGGAAAAGCUUGGGGAUAUCUGACAUUUAGAGGUAAGCCCGAAACCGAAGAGAGAGAAAUAGACAAAGUCAUGUACCACGACUGGCGCAUGGUGCCAAAACAUGAGGAGGAAGCCUUUAAGCAAUUUACCCCUCCUGAGGAAGAGGAAAAAAUCCGGUAUGUCCUCUAUCCACCCCUGCUGCGGGCCAUGAUCCUUGCGCAGAGGCAGAAAGAAGGUAAAAUGACUCAAGAGGAACCUAUGCUUGAUUUGGAGCCAACGGUCCACCUCCUAAAUACGUCCCCCAGAAACCAAGCUGAAGGAACUCCAGUCUGAAGACUUUUAUGACUUCAAUGUAAUAUUUGGUUUGUUAUAUUCUCAGGUGCAAUCAAUCACACAGCCCAGAGCUCUUAUUCUGCCUUGCACUGAGAUGUUUCUGUGAAAUACGAUCUUGUCACUGAGGGUGUUCCCCCUCCCCCCCCACCAGCAAUAGGUAAAAUGAUAAGGUAAUUUUGCAAUCGGAAUCUUCUGUUGACAUUUUCCCCGUUAUCCUGUCUUGGUUUUUUGGAUUUGUUUUUAUUUCCCGUUGCCGUGUUUCUUCUUGUUGCUUCCUUAUCAAGUCCAAGGAAAGGACAUCAAUCUAUUUGUUUUAAUAGUGAGGCAAUAUAAAUUAAAGAGACUCCUAUUUAAAAUAAUCAAUUGGAACAAGAGAUCUCUGUCCUAGCCCUGCGGUAUCUUCUUCCCCUAAAUCCAGUCACAAUCUUAAAAUGGGCUGUUGUGUUACUGUAUGCUAAUUAAAAAAAAUAGGCUCAGUC